AGUCCAAAGAAUAGGCCAACAUACAUGCAAUAAAUGUUUUUUGUAAAAUACUAACUUGUAUGGAGCUAGCCCAAUAUUAGUUGGUGUAGAGCCUAUACAGCCAAUCAUACAACGCAAUAUUUUACAUUUUGUUUCUAUAUAAAUGAUCGAAACUAAUUCAUUCCAUACAAUACAAACUUGUCUCGUAUCGCUCACCCAUUACUCUUCUACAAGAGAGAAAUCUUCUUCCGCUGAGUAGCUAGCUCCAAUGGAGAAGAGUCUCCAACGAUGUGUUCUCCUUGUGACCUUGUCUCUCUUCUUCUUCAUCUCCAUUGCGGUUUCACUCUCGGUUCCUUUCGUUUUUUUUCACGGAAUCGGAGGUGGAUGCUCCGAUGAUCAAAUGAGAAACUUGACAAAGCUCCUUAACAAUUACUCCACUGGAUCUUGCGUUGAAAUAGGAAAUGGAAAGCAAGAUUCCGUAUUCAUGCCGCUUACGCAACAAGCGAGCAUAGCUUGUGAGAAAAUCAAACAGAUGCCAGAGCUGAGUGAUGGUUACAACAUUGUUGGAGUGUCUCAAGGAAACUUAGUCGCUAGAGGCCUAAUCGAGUUUUGCGACAAUGCUCCACCAGUCUUCAACUAUGUAUCUUUAGGAGGUCCUCACGCUGGCGUCGCCGCAAUCCCUGAGUGGUGUAAUGUGAGUUCUCUAUUUGUCUGUGUGUGUCAACCAUGCACAAUCACAUUCUUUUUUACGAUCACAAUCACAAUAACAACAACAAUGAGGUUUCUCUGUUUGCAGAACUGGUUUUGCAAGAUCCUGAAGGCAUUUUUUUCACAGGUCUACGACGACCACGUUCAAGGCUUUAUUGCUCCAAGUAAUUUUGUCAAAAUCCCUACUAAAAUAACAGAGUAUUUGGAACACUCCAAGUAUUUGCCAAAGCUCAACAACGAGAGACCUGGCGAGAAGAACUCCACUUACAAAGAACGUUUCACCAGCUUGCACAACUUGGUCCUCAUCAUGUUCGAGAAAGAUGAUGUAUUGAUUCCUAAAGAAAGUUCUUGGUUCGGAUAUUACCCGGAUGGAGAUAACACAACUAUUCUGCCUCCUCGAAAGACAAAGCUAUAUACUGAGGACUGGAUUGGUCUGAAAACGUUGGAUGCUGCUGGAAAAUUGAAGUUUGUUAGUCUCCCUGGCGCACACAUCCAAAUAACGGAUGAUGAAGUUGUGGAAUACGUUGUGCCUUAUCUCCAGAACGAGUAUACGUUAUCUUCUGAACACGAGGCAAUGUAGACAUUUGCAAAAUCUUGAACCCGUGAAUAAUAAAAAAGGCCUCGUCCUAAAAUAAAUAAAU